AUGACGGACACUGAAAUGAACGACGUCUUGUCUGACCCUCCAAUUGAGCCUCAUGAUUUAAGUCAACUACAGUAUCAUAUCAACUUACGUGACUUUGGUGAAAAUGUACAAAGAGCUGCUAAAGGGGCCUAUCCAAAUGAUCAAAACAUCAGAUAUGCCCGAGACUAUGCUCUUCUCAUAUUAUGGGAGGACGAAGACCCGCAAUUGCUUGUUCCACUAGAAGUCCAUGAACUAGGCAUUGUUUUAGUUUCCAUUUACAGGUACGAAGUACAAAUAUAUCGAAUCCCUAGUGGCGGACGCCACAACAAAUUGAAUCAAAAGAUUUCGGAUUCCGUUGAACUAGGUGGAGAUAGUAAGGAAGACCUAAAAACUGUUUAUUAUGGCGGACAUGGCAUGCUAGCUCAAAAUCUGCAGCCUUGUUGGGUGAGUCUCAGCAUGGUGAAAUGGGGCGGGAUUCAAAAUUCCUUGGAAGAAGCACAAUCCGACGUUCUACUCUUGAUUGACUGUUGCUCCUCGGGCACUGCUAACACAGGAAAUGGGUAUGGAACCACAGAACUCAUUGCUGCUUGUGGUUUCAACAAUGUCGUAAAUGGUGUCGGGCGCCAUUCAUUCACCUAUGCCUUGACAACUGAAUUACGCCUGUUAAGCUCAUAUCCGAAGUUCACUGCAGCGGUACUAUACAAUAGAAUACUAUGCCGAAUACAAAAUUGGAUGCCCGAAGGUAGAGAAUUGCAGAAAGCUCCGCUGCACGUUGUUCUCACUCAAAAUACAACUUUGCUAUCAAGCAUACAACUUUCAGUGAAGCCAAAGCCAAAACCAAAACCGAAAUUAUUCGGAUUCCCUUGGCCAACACUAGGAUCGCCGAGUACCGCUUCGUCUGCGAGCAAUGAAAGGACGGAUCCCAACUAA